UAUCUGUUGGUUCACUGUUAACUAGCCAGCCAGCUAUGCUAAUUCUAGCUAGAAAAAAAUCUAAUAGUGCUAACGUGUAGCUAAUUUACCACUAACGUUACCAAGUGUUUUUAUCUAGCUAUAAUCAAUUUCUCUGAACAGUGACAUUAUGCAAGGGUAACUGCUGUGCCGUCAUGGUAAAUCUUACAAGUUAGCCUACUAGUUGAGUAACAUACUAGUUUGUUAGCUAAAAGUCUUGCUGUGUAGUUAACGUUAGCUAGUUAGCUUUUUAGAUUAAUCAUUGUCGCUUGCCAGUUACCAGUCUAUUUCACCUAUCUGUGAUAUGUGACGAGGUUAAUUUGAAAGUAAUGGCAGGUAGCUAGUUUGACAGGAUAAGUGCUACACUACAUCUAUUAAAACAUGACCGUCUAUCUUACCAAAUGUGCAAAUAGUGUUUGAUUCCCGCUUUAGUAAACAAAUUGCCAGCUGUCAUGUCCACAAUAAGGAUUCUCUUCCUUGUCACCUCCAUCCAGAUUCUGUCUCGGGUGAAGCCAGCAGUAGGUGGAGAUUCUGCAGCUAGCGUCAGUGAGAAGAAGAAGAAAAACAAAGCCAAGAAGAGCCCUCGCCUGGAGGAAUACCUCAACCAGAGAGACUACCUUGGGGCACAAACUCUGUUAGAGUUUCAGCGAGAUGUUGGAGAAAAAGAGGAGCAUGCAGACCUUUGGAUUGGCUACUGUGCCUUUCACUUGGGUGAUUACAAGAGAGCAAUGGAGGAGUACAGGGCCUUGACACUCCGGUUAGAAGAACCAGGGGAGGUGUGGGUGUAUCUGGCCUGCACCCAGUUUUUCCUGGGACUCUACAGAGAGGCAGAGGAGGCUGCAAACAAGGCUCCAAAGUGUGCACUUCAGAAUCGCCUGCUCUUCCACCUGGCUCAUAAGUUCAACGAUGAGAAGAAGCUGAUGGGUUUCCACCAGAACCUGGAGGAUGUGACUGAGGACCAGCUGAGCCUGGCCUCCAUCCACUACAUGAGAUCACACUACCAGGAGGCCAUCGACAUCUACAAACGCAUCCUCCUACAGAAUAGAGAUUUCCUGGCUCUUAACGUGUACGUAGCGCUAUGCUACUACAAGUUGGACUACUAUGAUGUUUCCCAAGAGGUGUUGGCUGUGUAUCUGCAGAGUAUUCCUGAAUCCACCAUCGCUCUCAACCUCAAGGCCUGCAACCACUUCAGGCUGUACAAUGGCAAGGCAGCUGAGGCCGAGUUAAAGAACCUCAUAGACAUCUCCUCCUGCUCCUUUGAGUUUGCUAAGGAGCUUAUCCGGCAUAACCUGGUGGUGUUUCGUGGUGGGGAGGGGGCGUUGCAGGUUCUGCCCCCGUUGAUUGAUGUCAUCUCUGAGGCUCGGUUGAACCUGGUCAUCUACUACCUCCGACAAGAUGAUGUUCAAGAGGCUUACACCCUCAUAAAAGACUUGGAGCCAACCACACCACAGGAGUACAUUUUGAAAGGAGUGAUGAAUGCCGCUUUGGGUCAAGAAAUUGGAUCGAGGGAUCACCUGAAGAUCGCUCAACAGUUCUUCCAGCUGGUCGGAGGCUCAGCCAGCGAAUGCGACACGAUACCUGGAAGACAGUGUAUGGCUUCCUGUUUCUUCCUUCUGAGGCAGUUUGAAGAUGUUCUCAUCUACCUUAACUCAGUAAAGAGUUACUUACUACUGGGAGGGCAAGAGAGGGGCUUGUGUCGGAAUCUUCCAGCUCAUACUGGCAGGCAGAGAGUCGAAGGAAACCUUGAAGGAGGUGCUGCCCCUGUUGAGGAGCACACAGAACCCCCAGGUGGAGUACAUUAUCAGAGCUCUGAGGAAAUGGGCCAAAGACAACAGGGUUCCUCUGACAUAGCAAUGUCAUAUAACGUGCUUAACUCACAUAAUACACUUACUACAUGUUGUUAUUACAUUAUAUAUGUGGUUUACAUGUGCAUUUUUUAUCAGACUCUUUUACUAGUGAAAAAUCUACAAAAUAACCUGUUCUCAUGAGUCGUGCACAAUGUGUAUUGAUGCGCUUUAUCGUACGAGUCACAGUAUUUAUAUCAUGAAAUACAUGUUUUAUUUGCAAUGUAUAUAAUUCUGUACAAUCUUGCCAAUCAAUUGUAUUGAAAUGUGUAUUUUCUAUUACUCAAAUGAUGCUGAUACAAGUAUUAAACAGUGUUCUCUUUAUAAAGGGUUGUUGACCUUU